AUGUCUUCAACAUUGUCGGAGAAGUCAUCUUGUGCAGCGACAUGCACGGCUUCAAGUGAUACAUUAUGUGAUGGUUGUGGGAAAUCAUAUUGUAAUCGCCACUCAUCAAAACAUCGAGAACGAUUAACGAAACAAAUGGAAAAAGUCCUUUUAUAUCAUGAACAACUUCAAAAAUUAUUCCAUAAUGAUACAAAAAUAGUUCUCAAUCAUCCGUUAAUGAAACGAAUUGAUGAUUGGGAACAAGAAUCAAUUUUGAAAAUCCAACAAACAGCAAAAGAGACGCGACAGCAAUUAAAAUCUGCUUUGAACAAAUACACGGCAGAUAUGAAUGAAACAUUCCGGCAAAUAAGCGAACAGUUAAAUACAACCCGGCGAGAAAAUGAUUGUAUGGAAAGUGAAAUCAGAACAUGGCUAGAAAAACUAACUAACUUAAAAAAAGAUUAUCGCACGCCGAAAACGAUUAAUAUUCGUCUAGACGAACAUUCGCCCGGAUUUAUCAAUAAAAUCAAUCUUCAUUUCGUAUCACUGGAUUCCUUCUGUCAAUCAAUUGGAGAUAUUCAAUAUGACCCGCAUACACAUACAAUUCUACAUGGACCAACAAGUGGCGAUGCAACUAUUCGUGGCAUACUUGAAUUUACUUCUGGUACACAUCGGUUCCGUUUCCAGAUUUGUAAAUUAGGUAUACCGAAAUGGGUUUUCUUUGGUAUUAUCUCCAAGAAUACACCAUUGCAAGCAACUUUAUAUAAAACACCAACGGCGUAUGGCUGGGCUGGUCAUCAUCAAGUGUGGUUAAAUGGAAGUCAUUAUCAUCAAUACGAUGGAUUUAGAUUUGAAAUGAACAAUAAUGAUGUCAUUGAGUUAUUCGUCGAUUGUGAUCGACGAAGCAUACGAUUAACCAACGAAUCAUUAGCGAUGCAGCAUGAACUCGAAAUAGCACUGGGCAGAUGUCCGUUUCCAUGGGUACUUUACAUCGGAUUGUAUGGUGCAAAAGAUCAAAUUCGUUUACAAGUAGCUUGA